AUGGAUUCCCCUCAAUCGGUCGUCUCCCCACUCAAGACCUCCGAACAAGAGAUGAAGAAUAUUGAUUUCCAAUCCAACGACAAGAACAACAUUCUCGGCACUCUCGACGUUUACAUCCACCAAGCGCGAAACAUCCACAACAUCUGCAUCUACCAAAAGCAAGACGUGUACGCGAAGCUCUCCCUCACGAAUGACGACCCACAAAACUCCGUCUCCACCAAAAUCAUCCACGGCGGCGGCCACAAUCCCGUCUUCAACGAGGCCCUUCACCUUGGAGUCCGCACUCUCGACUCUUCACUCAAGUGCGAAAUAUGGAUGCUCAGCCGAGUCCGUAACUACAUGGAAGACCAACUGCUCGGUUUUGCUUUGGUCCCUUUGUCCGAGAUCCUCUUGCACGGAGGAGGAUCCAAGCUCCAGAAGGAAUUCUCCCUCUCCUCCACCGACCUCUUCCAUUCUCCUGCAGUAUUCGCUCUGAUUCGAUUCGUUUACAACCCUACCUACCUACCUGCAGGGUUUGUCGAGCUGUCCGUCUCGUACGUCGGGGCCCAACCGGACGUGAUCGUUAUCCCAGCCCCCGUCCCGGGCCCGGACAGUGAGUCGUCGUCCAUCACGUCCCUUGUGACCGAGUUUGACCGAAUGGAAUUUCCCGACCCCAAAGUCGUGAACGAGAAUCACAAGAUGGUCGAAGAGUACAUCGAGAUAUGUACUAAAAGUGUGGAUGCCGAGACUCCGGCGGCCUCCGAGGAAGUCGCCAGCCUGUCGACCGAGACCGGAGGUUUGACCGAGGAGCUGAGUCAGCUGACCAACAACGCUGACUCACCUCAGGUGAGCUUCGAGUCGUCCGAAACCCCCAAGGGCCCCAAGUCGCCUGACGAGGAGCACGUCUCGGAGGAGAAACCCGCGGAACGUGAAAACGGGCCGGGCUCUGAGGAGAAGCCAAAGCCACUGGUGAGUGUUGUGAACAUCGAGCCGCCGGAGAUGAAGCUGGUUCAACAGGACAUAGUGGAUAUGUACAUGAAAAGCAUGCAGCAGUUUACGGAGUCGCUUGCGAAGAUGAAGCUUCCCAUGGAUUAUGAAAACGGGCCAAGCAGCUCGGAGAAUUCGACAACGACUACUUCGGAUCAGAGGACGCCGUCGUCGAAGAAUUCUGGGUCGCGUGUGUUUUACGGGAGUCGAGCUUUCUUCUGA